UGUUGGUUGACUUCCGGUACUCGUCCGAAAGCGAGUCGUACAUGUUGCUGUCUUCUGUAAUAAUCUAUGUUGCCUUCCUACACAAAGCAGCGAAGAAGCAAUGCCGGCCACGGGUGAGGGCUGGAGCCUAUCCCAGCUGGAUUCAAGCCACCUCAUCGCAGGCGCAUGGUGCCAUCCGCCAUAAAACAACAAAGAAGAAGACGCAGGGUGGGGAGUGAAACGGCGGCCAGAAGAGAGGGGAAACAAGCUCAACCUAGAAUUGAAUCGUGGCCUCUGCUGUGGUCCCUGCAACACAAACCAUGUUUUCCAUCGAGAGGAUUUUGGGUUCGGAGGAAAAAGGGCCCGGUACCUGCUUGAAACUCCACAGGCCCUGGGGCCAGACAGACACAGAGUCCGACGAAGAGCACCAACACGAGCGUGGUCGCCAUCAUUCCCGAGUGAACCUACAGAGUCCGACAUCCAGCUGGUACAUGGGACGUAGACCACGAACGGCCUUCACUGAUCACCAAGUGAAUGUUUUGGAAGCAGUGUUUCGGGUCAACUGUUAUCCAGGCAUCCAUCUGAGGGAACAUCUGGCCGGGCGCCUGGAUCUGGAUGAAGACCGCAUACAGAUAUGGUUCCAGAACCGGCGGGCCAAACUAAGACGAUCCCUCAGAGAGAGUCAACUGAGACUGGUGCAGUCGGCGGUGGCAGACCUCAGGGUAAAGGUCAUAGGUCAACUAAGCAGCGAUGGCCGGACGUUGGAGGACGAGAAGGAAUGAGAGAAGAUGUUUUUUUUUUUCCAUCCCUCCACAUGGCUUUAAGAGAAGAAGGUGCGGGUUCAUAAUAGACUAAUGACCUGUCAAUCACAGGACUCACAGACAAUUAUUAAUAACACAUAAGUGUAGUCUUUUUUCAGCUGUUAUGUUGUCUGAUGAACAUAAUUAAAAUGUUUAUACCUUGUUAUUUUUGGUUGUGUUUUCUGCACUCGAUCAGUGUGUGAGUAUAUAAGUGAAUAUUCUCAAGGAUUCAAGGAACUGUAUUCUGUUUUGUUUUAUGGCUUACACCAAAAUAAACAUAGUAAU